AUGCAAAUCUCCAUUGUUUAUCAGCCUUUCCUGGAUCGGAGUUGGAACAUCCUCUGCAACAUGACGAAUCAGGGUUCAUUGACGGUUUCUAUGUUGCAAAUGACCAUGGGCUUUGGUGAAAUUUGGACUUUAAUGGCAGGAAAAAUGAAUUUCAACAACUUGAAGGUACCCGGCAAGCCUGAUGGCAGUGCAGCUUCUGCAUUGCUCAAGUUUCAAGCCAUUGUUGGUAAGAAUGAUUGUCAAUAG